UGUGAAUUCCUCAUGGAGUGCCCCAACAUUAUGGAGCGAGGGUUCCGCAAAAUCCGUUCCAUCAAGGUGGAAAAUGGACCAUGGGUCGGCUUUGAGUAUCCAGAAUUCCAAGGGCAGCAGUUUAUCCUAGAAAAAGGAGACUACCCUCGCUGGGAAGCAUGGAGUGGAAACACCGGCUACAGAACUGAACACCUUCUGUCCUUCCGACCUGUGAAAUGCGCUAACCACAGUGAUAGCAAAGUGACCCUAUACGAAGGAGAGAACUUCCAAGGCCGCAAGUUUGAGUUGUGCGAUGACUACCCCUCCCUGCAGGCCAUGGGAUGGUGCACCAAGAGGUGGCCUCCGUCAAGGUCAGCUCUGGCGCCUGGGUGGCAUAUCAGUUCCCCGGAUACAGAGGAUACCAGUAUGUGCUGGAAAGAGACAGGCACAAUGGUGAAUACAGGAACUAUAAUGAAUACAGCACUCAGGCCCACACUAACCAGAUCCAGUCCAUCCGCCGCAUCCAGCACUAAGGAACCAUCCCGGGACCUCACAGCCACUCUGUCUAUGACCCCCAUCCCUGCCGCACGGUGA